CAUCUCAUCCAUUCCCACUCAGUUCCAGACUCUACGCAUUGCCCUCAGAAUUCACUCUCUCAAUUCGCCGAAUCGGCCGCAUCGUCCGUCGCCGUCUCCCCAUGCUGCCUGUACGCGCCCUCUCCGCCGCCUCCCCCGCCUCGCUCGCAGCACGCCACGUGCCAGCAAUCCGCACUCCCCGCUCCCCCGCCCCGCUCUCCGAUCCGCACCCGUCUAGAAAUCCCCCGCUGCACUCUCAGCCGACGCCACUCCGGCGUGCAUGUUUUCCCUCGAAUCGCCUGCUCGCGCUGCCCGGAGCAAGCGGCAAGUCAACGAUACGUGGAAUCGGAUCGCCAGCAGUGCGAUCACUCGCACGAACGGACGGUCACCUCCUCUCUUCCCCUACUGUAUCUGCGGCAAGGGGCCCUUCCGCCGUGUCUCCGCGCGCCAUCCUGCCCCGCAUGGCCGGCGCAACCGAACAGCGCGGAUCCUCGGCCGCGGCGACUCUGGCUGCCGCCGCUGCGACAGCGGCGACGUCGCCAGUGCCGUCGCUGGAGGAGCUCCGUGUGGCAGCGGAGGAGCGCGCGGGCGGGCCUUUGGGGCAGCGGGAGCGGCUGUCGAAGGCGACGCAGCGGCUGUUCGGCGCGGCGGAGAGCGACGUGCGCGUGACGCUGUUCCGCGAUAACUCCGCGUGGUGCCCGUACUGCGAACGGGUGUGGCUGCAACUGGAGGAGAAACGGAUCCCUUACGUGGUGGAGAAGAUCAACAUGCGGUGCUACGGCCCCAAGCCCGACUGGUUCCUGCAGAUGGUACCCUCGGGACUGCUGCCCGUGCUCAAGCUGGACGACAGGGUGAUUACGGAGUCUCUGGACAUCAUGUUUGUCUUGGAGCGCGCCUUCCCCGAUCAUACACCGCUGCUGCCGUCCCCAUCUGACCGCGCGGCCUCGCAGCGCGUGGAGAAGCUGCUGCGCCUGGAGAGGCAGCUGGCGGGGGCGUGGCUGCAGUGGGCGCGUGUGGGGGACGGAGGGGGCGGACUCAUGGGGGGAAUGUUUAGGAGGGGAGGGGGAGGCGGAGGGGGAGGGGGGGCGGGACAGCGGAUGUUUGAGGAGGCGCUGGAUGCUGUUGACUCGGCGCUGCAGGAGGGCGGUGGACCGCUGUUCAUGGGGGACCAGAUGUCCCUGGUGGAUGCUGUCUACGCGCCGUUCCUCGAGCGCACAGCCGCCAGCAUCCCCUUCUGGAAGGGCCUCACAGUGCGCGGCAACCCGCGCUGGCCUGCGCUCUCCCUCUGGUUCGACGCCAUGGACUCGCGCCCCACGUACCUCGCAAUGAAGUCCGACGACUUUACCAUCACACACACGCUCGAGCCGCAGAUCGGCCCCGUGGUUCUCGCAGACGCGGGGGCGGCCCACCGGGAUUAUAUCGAGGGGCGGGAUGGGAGCGGGGCGUGGGACCUGCCGCUACAGCCAGAGGUCACGGCGUGGGGGGAGGACGAUGGGACGGGCGGGGCGGGGCGGGAGGCGCAGCGGGAGGCGGUGGAGUCGAUUAUUCUCAACCACGAGUUGUUGGUCUCUUUCUGCCUUAGGGCGCUGAGGGACAAGUCGUUUCCACGUCAGCAGGCGAUGCUGAUUGGAGGAAGGCCGCGCCUGCAGCCGCCGUCGGAUGCUGAGCUUGAGGCUGCCCGGGAGCGGCUGGCGCCAGGUGUCAGCGAGGCGUUGCGCCACGUUGCGCACGCUCUGCUGGAGGGCACAGAAACGUUGGGAGCAGCAGUGCCUGCAGGGGUGCUUGGAUCAUUAAGUGGGGAGGAGGAGGAGGUGGCGGUAUGCGUGGCAUAUUUGAGGGACAGGGUAGGGGUGCCUAGGGACCUGACAUACCCCGCUGCAAGGCAGCUGAGGGCACACCUGCAAUGGAUGGUGAGGCUGCUGGGCUCCAAGGUGUAGGUCGAUCUUGCUGUGCCGUGCUGAUUGCCGUAGUGUGUGGGGUGGGGGGGCUUCCUCGCAUCAGGUGGAGAUGAGAUGAGAGUAUGGUAGUGCUGAGUUAUACUAGUUAGUAAGGCUUCUGAUUACCGCAAGUCUAUGGUAGUAACUGUUAAAUUAUAUAUUUGUAUCAGAAAAUUGAAUGAUGGUAAAGUGAGAG